CCAAACGUGUUUUAAGAUGGAUCGAACGGAGAACCCCACUUGCCGUUAGCGCGCAAGUGCGGAAUUAAUCCAAAAACACGCAGGUGCCGAAGGAAGUGAAAACGAUCGCGUUCCCCGCAUUUCGCUUCUUUCAUUUCAAUUUCAAUUUUCAAACAUUUCUCUUGUUCUCGGUCGUGUCUGUGAACACAAUUACAGUUACAAAAAAUGGUUCAGACGAGAGGAAAGAACGCACUGAUAGUUCUCUCUUCUGAAGAAUCCGAAGAAGAAGAAGAAGAAGAAGAAGAUUAUGAUUGCGAAGACAGCGAUUUUGAAGAUAGCGAUUGCGAAGACAGCGGUUGCGAUGAAGCUUCCGAAUCCGAUGACAGUGGCGGUGACCUCGAUGAUUCCUCCCUCUCAGACAAAGUCGUCGCCCUCCUUCGAGAAGGAAAUGACAUUGAAUCUUUGAAACUAAAUGAAUGCAAAGCGUAUCUACGGAAACACGGCUUGAGGAUCGCAGGAAGUAGAGAUGUUUGUGUCGCCAGGAUAAAUGAGCAUUGGAGGUUAAAACAUGGAAGGGGGUACAACCUGUACCCGAGAUCGUCCUUUGUCAUUAAUUGUACUGGUGAUGUCUGCAUGGGAGAUGUUGUUCUCUUCAGACAGAAGGUUUAUGAAAAGUUUGAUAAAGUCACUCGGCGUGGAAAACUUCUAGGAAACAGAACUGUUGCUGGGAGGGUUGUGAAGGAAAGCUACGGUGCAGCUAAACAACAGCACACCUUCACUGUAGAGGUGUUGUGGAGUAGCGGAGUUAGGAAAUUGCCUCCACUUUCUCCUUUGCUUGUAAAGGGCCGGAAUCUCUAUAAACAGAAAACUUACAGACAGAGAUGGAAAAAUGAAGCUGAUAGAAUUGAAGUUCUUUGUGAGAAGCACAAGCGUGGUGCAGCAGCAAGAUCUAGGAGAGCAUUGAGGCAAAAGAAUAAAAGUUAUGCAAACGAAUCUAAAGGUUCUAAACGGAAGCAUGAAAUCCAUAAUAAAAAAGGAUCAAAAAUAGAAAGACUUCGUGUAGUAGAUAAGGUUAGGCACCAAGAUGGCUUCAACAGAGCAAACAACUUUCAACCUCGAGAGGCCACUUCAUCAACUCAAACAAUACAGAAGGAGAAUGCAUCUUCAAGAGACUCCAGAUAUACAAGGGGAAGGCAUGAGUCUGCUGAAUUUGACCGAUAUCAAGUUCCAGUUUAUCCAUUAUAUGAUAGUUAUCCACAAAGUACAUAUCAAUAUCAAGUAAAUUCUCAAAUAAGGAAUGAGCCAAGCGAAUUCUUUUAUCACAACAGAGGCCUGGUUCCAAAUAUAACAGGUUUUCCACCUUUCAGGCCUCGUGGUGAAUUCACAUCUAGAUCACGGCAUCUGGUAUCCGACCAUAGUCGUCAUGCCCAUACAAACCUAUACGACUUUGAAAUGAAGAAUUAUGGAUGGAGAAAGUACGGUAAGUGAUGUGAUUUAAAUUUUUUUUUUUUAAGACGACAGGUUUUGGUUUCGCCUUUUAACAGUGGCAUGUUUUGGGCUCCCCGUAUCGCUUUUCCAGUUUGUUACCACAUAUGGUUCGCAAUGGAUGGAAUGUGAUUGUGAGCAUAUUUUUCUUCUUUCUAAAACGUGGUCUGGGUUGGGAUGUAAAUACGUCGUAGUUGCCGAACUGAUACAAUCAUAUCAAAUUAGAUACUA